AUGGUUGGUCGUAUUUGGACAUUCAAGGAUAUCUUUCCCGAGGAUGAUGAACCCAACGUCAAGCGGGAUGCAAAUGGCAAGAAGAUCAUUCCGCCAGUUGCCUACUAUGUUUUCGGAGCAGCGACAUUUGUCACUGUCGGAAUGAGCGUCAUGAUGAUUCCAUACGUUCGCGAAGCGAUCAAGAUGAACAAGAUGGCGAUGCACAAUUUUAUUGCCCAUCGUCAUUCGUCGACGAGAUAUCGGUCUGGAAAAGUCGCGCAUCUUCCGAGUCUCCAAUCGGAACCCUCUACGUCAGGUAUCGCUCAGAGUCUGACUAUGCAGAGAUUGAGCCAGCAGAGUCAGAAUCAUCGUCUGGAUGGUGGACGACAGGGUACCUCCUCCAAUGCCGAUACUAUCGCUUCCGACAUUGAGCCUCAUCGGUCAGUGGAAGGGGAAGAGGCUGGACCUUCGAGAAGCAGAAUUCUACCUGAGAUCUCAGUGCCAGUCAGUCCGAGUGGGUCGAGCUCAGGGAGCAAUAUGGACACCAUCGCAUCGGAUAUCGAACCUCAUCGGUCAUUAUCUCCUGGUCUAGGAUCGUCAGGCUCUAAAGGGAAGGCGAAAUCGCCAGAUGAUCAUCCAGAAUGGCCAGAGGAGCCUCUCCGUGACCCGGAAGAUCCAUUGCUCGUCAGUUCGAGACAAUUCAACACCAUGGAAGAACGCAGAUUGCACGGUGCGAGUCAGGCAGAUGGUACAGACGAGAAGGACAAGAUCCCUCCGUCGAUGUAUCGGGAAGCAAGAUUCGACGCUUUCAAAGCUUUGGGAAUAGCAACCGCGAUUGUAGCUACCUCUGCAACAGCAGGUAUAUGGGUCAUGUCAAAAUUGCUCGGCGUCUCGACGGUCGAAGAGUUCGCUGAAUUGAUGCGGGGAACGAUGAAGUCUGUCGCUCCGAAUCUAGUCAAGCGGAACGAUGCGGAGCGAGUUGAGGGAUCAGACCAGAACGCCGAUGUGUUGAUCGACGAGUUAUUGGCCAAUGUCAGACAGGCAUUCAGAGAGCGUCCCGGUCAAGAGAACGCCACACUGCGGCCUGAGGAAAAGACGUUGCCUAGCUAA